UGUAAAGUCGUCUUAUAAUUAUUUAGUCAAUAGCAUAAGAAGUGAGCGUUAAGAGGUUUCAAAUUUUAUUACAUAAGCAAACUAGAAACUAGACUCAUGGAGUCGUUUAUGUGGCAAUCAAACUUUUUGAAUAAUUUGUGUUAUUGAUCAGCUUACGUUCUGUUUUUAAUUUUUAUUCUGAGAAAAUUAUGUUUCAACUUUGUUAAUGCAUAUCAAAAUGGAUAAAGACAUGCAAGUGGAUUCAGAUACAGAAGCAGAUGCUGCUUCUAGUGGUUUUGUUUUCUCAAGACCAAACAUUGUUCCUAGUCCAGAAAAGCCAAUCAAUUUUGGAGCUUUUUCUGAUAAUAUAUUUGGAAAUAAAAUAACUCAACCAAAUGAGAUAUCAGCUUUUACUUUUGCAAAUCCAGAUAUAAUUGACAGAGAUGAUCAUAUGGAAGAUACAGAUAUUACUGUUAGUAAUACUUCAACUGAUGAUUUAAAAUUUUCUUUUUCAUCUAAAAGCAUAGAAGAAACUAAUAUAUUUGGUAAAAAUAUAAAUGAUGAUCAUAAGUUUUCCUUUGCCACUCAAGACAUCCAAACAAAUGUUUUUGCUAGAGUUGUAAAAUCCACUGAAGAUAUUAAGUUUCCUUUAUCUGCUCCCUCAGUAGAGCAAAGUAGUAUAUUUUCUACAAGUUCACAGUCCAAUGAAAAUUGUAAGUCACCUUUGAGAAGCGAGGAAGUAGAGACAAAUGUUUUUGUUGAAAGUACAAAACCCAAUAAAGAUCACAAGUCCCCAUUUGCAACUCAGAGUGAUGAGCAGACUAAUGUCUUUGCCAUGUCAGGUAAAUCUUCAUUUGGUAUUCACAAUUCAGAAAAAACAAACAUAUUUGUCACAAGUACUAAAGCUAACGAGGAUCACAAAUUGCCUUUUGAAGUUGAAACCACAGAAAAAAGAAUUUUUAUUGCAUCUGGAAAAUCUAAUGAGGAUUCCAAGUCUGCUAUCAUUCAAGACUCAAGUAUCUUUACCAAAUGUGGAGAGAUAAGUAAAAAACCAAAAUCUUUGUUGUCUACUGAAGAGUUAGAAAGAAAAAUAAACACAAAAUCUAACAGAGAACCUGAUUCCUCAUCUUAUCAUUCUUUGGAUGCCAGAGCAAAAAUUCGGAGUAGAAAUUCCAAAAAUAAGGAAGUUCUUAACUCUUCUUUAUCUAUACAUGAUUUGAAAAAAUCCGAAAUAUACAGUAGACUUGAAAAAAAUAAAAAGAACCUUAACGUCAAAUUAGAAAUAGAAAAAUCAAUAACUUGCACAGAUGUUCCUGAUGCUUUACUACUCAAAGCAGAAGCUAAAAAGCACUUUGAUAAGUUUGGAGAAACUCUAAAAAUUACUAUAAGGCCAAAACGAAAAAUGAUCAUUGCUUGGUAUGCAACUGAUGAUGGAGCAUUAAAAGCUUACAAUAAAGGAGGAACGUAUGGUCAGGAAGAAUUCCAAACUGAUUGGACAACUCAAGAAGUGUUGUCCUCAAAACCAAAGAAAUCUCAAUCUGUGGCAUGUAAAAUAGCCAGUCAUUUAAACUUAGAUGAAGAACAGAUGGAGGAAUUACGAGCAAUGGAAAGCACUCCCUCAGAUUACAAUCUUCCAGAUUCUGAUCAAAUAGGCAGAAAUCAAAGAGUUGCCAAAGCUAAAUUAAAAAUAAGUAGAGAAUUAACCACUAAGGCAAUUUCACAAAAGCGUAAUCCAUCAUUGGCAGCAAAGUCUUUGGUGAAAUCAGCCAAAAUAAUAGCAACAAAACCUACUAUAAUAGUCAACGAGUCAAAAGUUUUGAAAAAAGAAGAACCACCUUCUCCAGUAGAACCACCUGCUGAAAACAAAGCUAUUCUAAAGAUAUCUUCAGCAGCUAUAGAAGAGAUGCAGAAUUUAAUUCAACAGCCAGGAAUGACAGCUGAAGAGCGAUACAAAAUCCUCGACGCAAGAGAUCGUUUAAUGCGAUUAAAACGCCGAAAGCAAAAAUCCCUUGCCACGGCUGAAGUGACUAAAGGUACCUGUCCGGACAUGUGUCCUGAGAAGGAGAGAUAUAUGCGUGAAUUUCAGCGUCAAGUAUUUAGUUAUGAGCAGCUAAAAGAUAGCGAUGAAUACCGCAUAGAUCACUCAUUGGCCGUCAAACAGUAUUCCCGAUCGUCAGCGGAUCAAGAGGAGCCAAUGCCACACGAUUUAAGACCAGUAAAGGCUCUCAAACUUACCAUGAGUUAUUUACUUCACGAGAUCGUCGACUUAUGUGAAGAGGAAGGCACAAGCCUCGAAGACUGGUAUAACUUUUUAUGGGAUAGAAUGAGAAGUAUCCGCAAGGACAUCACUCAACAAGAACUCUGCUGCUUGGACACGGUGGAGUUGGUCGAGCAGUGCGCGAGAUUUCACAUUCUUGCCUCGGAGAGACUUUGUGCCGAAGGCACUACGGUGUUCGAUUCAAAGAUCAACAGUGAAAAUUUGACUAAGUGUUUACAGAGCUUGAAAUACAUGUACGACGAUUUGAGAGAGAACGAUAUAGUCUGCAGUAAUGAGGCCGAGUUUCGAGCCUACGUUAUCCUGUUGAAUCUUAACAAUGGUACCUUCAUCUCCGAAUUGAGAACUCUCUCAUCGAAUGUGAAACACUCGCGCGAAGUAAAAUUUUCAUUGGACGUGCAUGCGGCCAUGAAUAUGAAUAACUACUCGAGAUUUUUCAAACUUGUGAGACAAACUAGCUAUUUGAAUGCCUGCAUUCUGAUGCGAUACUUCAACGAGGUACGAGUAAAAGCACUUGAGACGAUGGUCAAAGCAUAUUGUCGUACAAGUGGCACAACACAGUAUCCGUUGUACGAGUUGAUCGACAUUCUUGGCUUUGAAGACGAAGACGAAGUGUUUGAAUUUUGUCACCGGGUUGGCCUCAAGUGUGACAAGGAAAGCCUCUACAUUAAACUGAAGAGAGAAAGCUUUCGCAAGCCUGAAAACUUUGAUCAAAAUCGUGCUUACAAUCUUGUACUUUCGAAGAGAUUGUCGAUCAAUCAAUCAGUUGGCGAGUGUAUUGCCGGUGGCAAGAGGCCUAAAAAAUUAUACGAGAAUCACAAACCAUACAAUAGUUUCAAUGCUAAAGGUUACCUAAUGAAAAAGUCCUUCAACGCACAAGAUCAAAAAAAAAUACUUAACAAUGUAAAUGAGAAGAAACGUACCAAGUCGGUAACUACCUCGAUGUCUACGUUCAAGAAGCCGGAAUCCGCGCCACUAUCAUCAAUGACAACGACGACGUUUGAUAAAGAAUUUACACCUGCAACGACAGUGGAAACUAGUGUUGUUUCAAAAACAACGAUACAAAGUGUAUUUACUUCUGCGAACGCUAUUACGACAUCCUCAAUUUUUGGACCAACGCACAAUCAACCGUCGUCGGUUUUCUCCGCAUUCAAACCUAUAACCACAUUACCGACUACCUCGGCGAUUAACAUGGCUGUAAACAAGAGUCUUUUUUCGGGUACAAGUGGACCUCAGACGAAUCUGUUUAAAGUAUCUCCAGCUUCGCCACCUACUGAGCUGUCAGAGCAAGUCCAAAAGGUUGAAGUUCUAAGCACGAAAGAACGUACGCCAACGAAACGGCCACUCGAGAACUCGACUGAGAGCAGCGUUGUGGAAAAGAAGAUACUCACAGAUAAGCACGAAAUACUGAAGAAACAGUUUGAGGCGGAGCUGCGUUUGAAAGCCGAAAGAGAGAGGCUGGAACGUUUGAAAAUGAGAAUCAUGAACAGCUUUAAAGAGUACGACAUUCUAGAGAAAGAGGUGAUAAACGAAGUAUGUACGUCGAUAGUACAAGCCGAAUUGGAACGAAUUGAGCUAAUCGACAACUUAAGCAAACGCAUGUUCGAGGGAAUGCUCAAGGAAUUGUACAAGGAUAUCCUUGACGAACAAUUAUUCAUGCAAGACAUGUUGAUCGAAGUCGAGAGGCGGAUGCAAGAUCGUUUACUCCUCAAAUACUGUCGGGCUUGGAAACAAUGGGCAGCAAAACGUCGAGCACAAAGGAGAGAAGCACUUGACAAUACACCGGUCUGGUUGCAAUCGGAAAGCAUCGAUGACUGCGCGCGAAAAUUCUACAAUCCGCAGCAAAAACUGGCCAUACAAUAUGCAAGGGAAAACAGAAGAAAGAGUUUGCUAGAGGCACCGGAACGGAAGAAGGUCAAACACGCGCCUAUCGCGUUCAUAAUCAGCGUUGGACUCAAAGAGAAUGCCAAGUCGUUUGACGUAGAGAUGAGUCAACGUAAUUUCUGGAAGAUGGUCGUGUCUUGGCCACUACUUGAAAAUAGGCUCACUCCCUGGCGACACAAGAAGGCUAUUAAUAAGUACCUCAGCUCAUCAGAUUUCACGCAAGAACCAAUCUUUAUUGAACAUAAGCCAAGUCCACAUGAGCGUCUGGACAUUUGCAUUCGAUACUUCGAGGGAUUAAUCUGCGAAAAUUGCCUAACAGGAAUGGAUGCACUAUUGUUCAUCAUUUUCGGCGACGAAGACGAACGUUCGAUUGAGUAUCGACUGAUGAAAACGAUAUUAGGACGUGGUAAAUUGCCACCUAUACCAUUAGUUAUUGUCGUUUUUGGUGACGAUGACGUCGAUCCAAAUGUAAUCGAAGUAUCAUCGGUAUUGGAAAAUGUGUUGGAAUCUGGGCACGUAUCGGAAUAUACGAUUUUAUACGAGAGAAGUCUUGAUGAGAACGUGGUACUUAGGGUAUUUCAAAGUGCCACUCUUUGGUUGGCAGUCAACAGAUCACCAGCUGUUCCACUUGAAAUGGAUUAUCUCAAGAGGAUAUUUGACGAUUGUCUUACAGAAGAGCUUUGGCUCAGGAUUCAAGGUCACCUGUCGCAUGACGCAAGAUAUUACGCGCCUUUGAAUGAUCCUAAUUUUAUCAUUAAUCUACACAAUGAGGCAGUCAACUACUUAACAGAUAUAAUUAUGGAUAGCGAGUCGAUAAGUUACACUGAUUUUGCUCCAGAACUGAAAAUUUUUUUGGACAACAAACGACCGUACCCCUGCACGUAUGAAUACUUUGAUCCUGUCUGGAAACAGUCCGAGUAUCGCGCUGAGCUCUUAAAUAUCACGAGUAGCUUCAUUUUUCCGUCUUGGACAUAUGAAUGGCCAAUUCGUGAUAUGAUGCAGCUUCACAACGCGAUAGUCAGUUACUGCCGUAAACUAUUGAGCCACGAAAAUAGCUUGGCUAUCACGAGUAAUAUCAUGGCUGAUCUUUUCCUCAUUGCUGGCUACAACGAGAAUAGCCAGAUAAAUUUUGCCGACGUUCUACUUCAUAUUAUGAGCAAGAAAAUCAGUGACAUUCCUGGCAACACUCGAGUAGUUUACAACAAGAAUCAUGUGAAACAUUUUCAAACGCUACCGUGGUGGUUUAAAUCCAAUGCUCUAGUUGAAUAUAUGGCCAACAUUGAGACUGAUAUGGUGGAUGAUAGCGAUAAUCCAGUGGUACAAGGGAUAACAGUGUCGACCUCACAAAUAGAUCUGGAUUUUAAGUGCGACAUCAACGAAUUGAACGAAACUUGUCAACAGCAAGAAGAAGAAGUUCCAGUCGAUGUGGUGUGUGAAGAAAUGCGAAAUCAAAUUUCUGAAGUACAAAGCGUUGUCGAGUUUCUUGAUAAACAAUUAGAAGAACAGAAAUUGAAAAAUAAAGACUUUGAGGCUAAGCUCACAGCUGCGCUUGAGGACGAGCUUUUAAAAGAAGGCAGUUGAUCCAUUUGGUACUUUAUGUCUUUCUAUUUUCUGUAAAAUUUUUGCAGAAACAAUUAUGAAAUUGUAUUGAUUUAAUUUUAAGUGAUUCUGAAUCUCUUCAGAGAUUUUCCAGAGCUUCUAUGUAUAUAAGAUUAUCCUAAUCUGUAGAUAGAUUUGUAAGGUAAGGUCAUUUUUGUUACUUUCCAAUGCCCUUUUCUAUACCCGAUCGUGCCAUACUUUUUGUACUGCUCGUUUUUAAAUGCCGAAACUGUUAUUCACGUUAAUUUUAAUCAUAUCAGACCUCAACUGAUGAGUCACGUUUAUUGGAAUAAUUAAAAAUACCUGCAUCUUCUUGUAUAUAUCUAUUUUCUAUUAAGAUUACUAGGGUAUGUUGAAAAAAAGGGGACAUUUUCUUACAUUAAUAAACAUUUUCUAAAAAAAUAAAUUGUAUUUUUCCCAUACAAACCUUGUUUUUUUACUACAAAAAUUACCUUAUUAUACUUUUAAUUCUAAAAUCUUAUUGUAGCAGUUUUUUAAUGUACAAAUUAACCUGAAUAAUAAUAAUAACUACAUUGGUUACCAAAUACGAUUGGUUGGUACCAAAAAAUUCAGUUAUCUACACAUAUAUAUAACUAAUGAACCGGAAAUUUUCAUAUAACUUUAACCUUGGCAUCAUUUUGUAGUAGUUUAAACGUUUCUUAACUCAGUGUUCUCUAUUAAAUAAUUCUCCAUUUUCGGUGUGUAUUAUAUGUAAAAACAUGAAAAUUAAUGCGAUUCUAAUAGGUAACCGUAACGAUAUAUUGAUAUCUUCCGCUUCGAUCGAAAUGAUGGUAACAGAUACAGGUUGCCUACAUGUAUAAUUUAUCGUGGAACCGUCAUAGCAUAUCAUCUCGUUACAUAUUAUCCCUCAAGUUUUACAACUAUGCUCAUCAACUCUUUCAUUAAUAAUCUACCUUUGUGUUCAUUAAACAAAUUUUUACACAUAAUUGAGUGAUGAUUUAUUCUUUUGCACACGAUUACAAUUCAAAAUUUUUAUAAAAAAUAAUUACAAACAAAAAAUGAAACUGAUCUUUUAUAAAAUAAUGUUAUAACACCUAUCGGCAUUGUAAUUUUAAUACAUUCAAGAUUUUUGCAAGUAAAAAUUUAAAUUUGUGCAAUAAGUUCCAUCUGAUAAGGGUAAAAUGGAUAAAUUACCAAAUUAUGCUGUUGUGCUGCUUUAACUUCAGCUUCUUAAUAUUUCUUUAGAAACAAUUCAAAAAUACUAUUUGGUAAAAUCCUUUAUAUAAUAUUUAAAUUUAUUUCUUUGUUGCAGCUCAUGAAACAUUCAACAGUUGUUUGACCACAUUGUAA